AUGAGAAAUGGAUGGAAAUAUACAGCAAUGUCUUUGUUGUUUAUUGCUGUCGUGAUUUUGUCAGCAAUGUUAUGUGCUGAAAGUCAGUUGACUGAAAAACCUAACGUGGUUGUUGCCCAAGACGGGUCCGGAGAUUUCCGGACAAUAGCUGAAGCAAUACUGACAGCACCCAAUCGUAGUGUUGAGCGACACUACAUCAAAAUUAGACAAGGGAUUUAUCGGGAAUAUAUUCAAGUUAAUAAAAAGAAGACCAACAUUGUCCUCAUUGGAGAAGGAAUGGAUACUACAAUAAUAACAGGAGUCCUUGGGAAUGGCUUCACAGCCCAAGACAUCACCUUUAGGAAUGAAGCUGGACCAGAAAAUCAUCAGGCGGUGGCAAUAAGAGUAGAAGCAAAUUUUGCCUCCUUCUACAGAUGUCGUUUCGAAGGGUAUCAAGACACUCUGUAUACAAAAAAAUAUCAUCAAUUCUACCGGGAUUGUGAAGUCUAUGGCACGAUUGACUUCAUUUGUGGUGAUGCGGUGACCCUGUUCCAGAACUGCUUAAUUGAAGUACGCGUUCCAUUGCCCAGGCAAUAUAACACAAUCAUAGCACAACAAAGAGAGUCUGAGGACGAUCCAACAGGAAUAGUGCUUCAAAAUUGCACUAUAAAGGCUACCCAAGGUUUGGAGAAAAUGAACAACGUCACGACAUACUUUGGUCGGCCCUGGGGUAAAUUAUCUAGGACAGUGGUCAUGGAAAGUUACGUUGACCACCUGAUAAAUCCUAGAGGAUGGAUUGAAUUUACAAAUAAAACCUUUGUUCGCCCAUUUUAUCUAGAGUACAAGAAUAGAGGACCGGGUGCUGUUACAAAGGAGCGUGUGAAAUGGGCAUCUGUUACCAGUGAUUCAAAUAUUGCGUCAAAUUUCACCGUCAGGAAUUUCAUGAAGGGUGACAAGUGGAUUCCAGCCAAUAUUCCACACUACUUAGAUUUGUCUUGA